CUAAGUCGGGUUUUUUUCAUACAUUAUUUUCAUUUAAAUGUUCAUUUUCACGUAAGUGAAGUUAACAAUAGCUGGCCGAUUUAGUUUUUUAGUCAUUCAUAAUGUCAAUACCACUUGAAAACAAUACUGCUAGUAGUAGCAGCAGCUGCAAGGGAAGUCGUACUACGUGUCCUAAUCUUAGUAAUUAUGACGUUAGUGUCGGUACUACUAAUAACAGCAACAACAACACUAAUUCUAACAACACUAAUUGUGGAAACAAGACCGCUGAACUCAUGCUGAAGACUGUCAUUUUGAUUGGGGGGCCGUCCAAGGGGACUCGCUUCAGACCUCUGUCCCUGGACUUGCCCAAGCCCCUCUUUCCCAUAGCAGGUUUUCCAAUGAUCUACCACCAUAUUGAGGCAACUAGUAAGCUGCCGAACAUGAAGGAGAUCCUUCUGGUGGGUAGCUACCAGUCUAGCAAGCACUUCAGCUACUUCAUUGCUUCAAUGCAACAACAAUUUAAGAUUGUUGUCAGAUACCUACAAGAAUUUGAGACCCUGGGAACAGCGGGAGGUUUGUUCCAUUUUCGGGAUCAGAUCCUGAAUGGAAAUCCUGAUGCCAUUUUUGUCAUGAAUGCCGAUGUCUGUGGAGAAUUCCCACUCAAAGAGAUGCUGGAUUUUCAUAAAACCUGUUCACCAGAUGGCAGACAGUUCACCAUACUCGCUACUGAGGCAACCAGACAACAAUCCCUAAACUACGGUUGCAUAGUGGAGAACGAGAAACACCAGGUACUCCAUUACGUUGAAAAGCCACACACGUUCGUCAGCACUCUCAUCAGCUGUGGAAUUUACCUCUUCUCCACUGCCAUCUUCGAACAUAUCAGCGUUACUUUUAAAGAGAUGAAUGAAGAAAUCUCGUUUGACAUUGAAGACAGCUGCAGGGUCAACUGUUCGGUUAUCAGGUUAGAACAGGACAUAUUCAGCAAGCGUCUGCCUCAAACUGGCAAGUUUUUUGUUUAUCAGACGAACAAUUUUUGGAGUCAAGUUAAGUCAGCAAGUGCCACUAUAUACGCAAAUCGUCAUUACCUGGCCAUAUAUUCGAGGACCCACCCUGAAAGGUUGGCCCCCCCUAACAAGAUGGGUCCUCUAAUUAUUGGCGACGUCUUCAUUGAUCCAGGUGCCUUUGUUCACCCCACUGCAGUGUUAGGGCCGAAUGUGACAGUAAGCAAAGGAGCCAACGUGGGCCCAGGAGCUAGGGUCAGGGAGUCCAUAAUUCUUGAGGGGGCCGUUCUCAAGGAUCACUGUUGCAUAUUGUACAGCAUCAUAGGCUGGAAGAGUGUCGUGGGGGAGUGGGCUCGGAUUGAGGGCACACCGAUGGAUCCCAACCCCAACAAACCAUUUGCAAAGUUGGAUUCAUGGGAUCUGUUCCAGGAAGAUGGAAGGCUGCAUCCAUCUAUCACUGUCAUUGGAUCCAAUGUCCACAUUCCAGCUGAAGUCGUUGUGCUGAAUUCCAUCGUCUUGCCCGAUAAGGACCUGGAUCGAAGUUUCAAGAAUCAGAUCAUUCUAUGAAGAGUGCUGACUGACCUCUGCUGAUGUUUUCGUGUCGUUGUGUGUUUUAUUUCUGUUGUUAGAAGACGUUUCAUCUCUUGAAUUGUUUUCAUUUAUGACGUGAUCCAUCCAUUUAUUUUUUCAUUUCCCAGUUUUUCGUCACUUUUUGUUGAUAUCGCGUAGUUAAAAACAAAGUUUGACAUACGACACUUGAUAAAUAUUAUCACCUACUUUUCGUCAUUCACACAUUGAAAACUGCCAUCACGUUGUAGUUGUGAACAUGAAUUGUAUUGUAUGAUAUAUUUAUAAUAAUUUGUGUAAACUCUGCACCUCUCUGCUCUUUCCAUUCAUUUAUUGUUAAUAUCUUCAUUUGUGUAGUUAUUAUUUUAAACAAAAUUAUCCAUAUUAUUGUUCAUAUUAUUGUUCAUACUAUUAUUGUAAUUUUGGUGAACAUUUCAUAAGUUGUUUUACAGUGUGAAAUUCCAUUAUAAUUAAGUUUGUAGUUUGGUGACGGUUGGUUAAUAAUAAUUAAAUUAACUAGAAUAAUAAAGAAAUGGAUCUAUAUAUGCCAUUUAAUUACAUUUUGCACGUUUUGCAUUUAUUUUUAUUAAAUAUAAUCUGGAAGGAAGAAAAACAAAGACACAUUUGUUUGAUAAAUUUUUUUUAUAUAAUUUGUUCAGCAAAUUGUUUUAUUUUUUUGACAUUUUUAUUUACAUGAUGACAAAUAUAACUGUAAGACAAUUCAUAAUAGAAA